AUGCACCCCCGGCCACCUCCGACUCUCCGCCCAGCGGAGAAACUGGAAGUGUCUCCACCCGCCACCGCCACCGCCGACCUUCACCUUCCCUCGUCUCACCAUCUGAAGCUCCAGACACCGCGUCGGAAGAUAUCCCCCAACCACAUGGCGCCCGCGCGAUCGACGCUCCUCCAUGCUGGAAUCGCCACGGCCGGAGCAUCAGCUCUGUGAGCUAUCAUUCCCUCAACCAGACUCGUCCGACUCUCAUCGGCCUGGAGGAUCACUCCGAGGAGAGUCAUGACCUGGCCCGGUCAUGUUGGGCCCGGUCCGUUUCCAUUGACGAACAUGUCGUUGUGUCGGGAGCGACCGGUCUCGGUGCUUAUGUCGUGUGGCACUGCACCGUCAGCACUCUAAAAGGUGGUGACCUGAGCAUACGGAAAAGGUACAAGGUCCCCGGAUUCCUACGCCAUCAAUGUAUGUUGACUUGCUCCCCAAGAUAUUCCGAAUUCGACCGCUUGCGUCAAGACCUCGUCAACGCCUUCCCUCAUGCCGAGGCCAUGAUACCAGAAUUACCACGGAAGAGCGUCGUCUCCAGAUUCAGGCCCAAGUUCCUCGACCAGCGAAAGAAUGGCCUGUCACACUUUCUCAAGUAAGUCGUAUCUACGAAGGAUAGGCAGCUGUGAGCAUAGCUAAUCGAGCUAGCUGCAUCCUCCUCAACCCCGAGUUUGCCUCGUCUCCAAUGGUGAAGGACUUUAUCUUUAAUUGA